ACUGUAUUCAUUCAUAGUCGCGCCCAUGUUUUGAUCUAAACGCUCUUAUAUUUUUAUAUAUCCAUCCAUUCAUAAUUCGGUAGUAGACGCUUUGCGAAUAUAUUUAUAUUUGAGUACUAUGCUGGGAUCCUACCAUCACCUGAGGUUCCUCGACACAUGGCGUAGUGCAAGUUUUGUCUUGAAUAACUUUGUUCCCCUAUUGCUGGCGGUGGCCGUACCUGCCGCUUUGUUUCUAGCAGCGCCGGGCGAGCUCACCGGCGGCCGGCUGCCCUCCUUGCCACUGUUUUAUGUUCUCGGGGCGGCGACCUUCUUCCUAGCGGCGGCGGCUGUGUCGUCCAUGUUAAGGCACGUGUGCAGGCCAAAGGGGGUUUACCUGGUGGAGUACGGCUGCUUCCGGCCCAGACCCUGCUAUCGCGCGCCCCUGGCGACCUGCCGCGAGCACGCCCAGCUCAUGCCCGACAUGUUCGACGAGCAAAGCAUCAACUUCAUGAUGCGCCUGAUCGAGCGGUCAGGGCUCGGCGCGGAGACCUGCGUGCCGGUGGCGUACCACUACAUGCCCCCGGACCGGAGCCUGGAGGCGUCACGGGCGGAGGCCGAGCUGGUCAUCUUCUCCGCCAUCGACGAGGCGUUCGCCAAGACCACGAGCUUCUUGAAGCCCUCGGACGUGGACGUGCUCGUCCUGAACUGCAGCGUCCUGGCGCCGACUCCCUCGUUCGCCGACAUGGUCGUCAACAGGUAUAAGCUCCGCGCCGACGUCCGGAGCUUCAACCUGUCUGGGAUGGGGUGCAGCGCCGCGCUCGUAUCGGUGGGCCUCGUCAGGAACAUCCUCCGGGUGGCGCGGCCUGGCACGCGCGCUCUCAUCGUGUCCACGGAGAUCCUGUCGUCGACAUACUACACGGGCACGGACCCCUCCAUGCUCCUCCCCAACUGCCUCUUCCGCAUGGGUGCCGCCGCCAUGAUCCUCUCCAACUCCCCGGAGGGCGCGCGUUUCCGGCUGGGCCCCGUGGUACGCACCGUCACCUCCGCACGGGACAAGGACUACGGGUGUGUGUACAUGGACGAGGAUGACAAGGGAAACACCGCCAUCCGCCUCUCCAGGAAUCUCCCGGCCACCGCCGGCGGCGCGCUGAGGGACAACGUCGCCGACUUCGCCCCACUCGUCCUGCCAGCCUCCGAGCAGGUCCGGGUGGCGCUGUCCGUGCUCAAGCGUAAGCUCCUCCUCCUCCUCCUGCUCCUCCCCGGCCGACGUGCCGAGGCGACGCUCUACAGGCCGGACUUCCGCACGGCGUUCCAACACUUCUGCAUCCACGCCGGCGGCCGGAGCGUGAUCAACGAGGCUCAGCACGGGCUCGGGCUCUCCGACGACGACGUGGAGGCGUCCCGCAUGACGCUGCACAGGGUCGGCAACACGUCCAGCAGCUCGGUGCUCUACGAGCUGGCCUACACGGAGGCCAAGGGCCGUAUGAAGAAGGGUGACCGGGUGUGGAUGGUCUCCUUCGGCGCCGGAUUCGAGUGCAACAGCGUCGCGUGGGUGUGCAUCAAGCCCGCCACCGGCGACGAUGGGGGGCCGUGGGCCGACUGUAUCAACCGCUACCCGGUGCAACUCCCAGAUGUCGUCUAGGACACGUGUGUGCUCCGGCAUGCAUGCUUAGAAGGGCAUCGAGUGAUCUACAUAUAUGCUUUGUAUAUACAUGAUGCAUGUACUAUGUAUGUACGUAUUUGGAACCCUUGAGCGUGGGUCCACGUAGUAAGGAAUGCUACUGGUACAUCAAAUCCUGGGAGCUUUGUGUCUCUAUAGAUCGAGAUAUUCUGUAACAAGUACUGAAAUGCUUCAAG